AGUUUAAAAUGAAUCAUAAAGAACAAAAAACCAAACCAAAAAAUCCCCACGAUGCCGCAUCGAGAUUCAGUAAAAUGACUUUUUGGUAUCUUCGAAGUUUGUGUAGAUUAGGACUCAAACAACAAAUAACAGAAGACGAUAUUUAUCAAACAUUGAAGUCACAUGAGUCGAAAAGAAUUGGCGACAGGUUCACAAAUCUUUGGGAAGAAGAACUGAAGAAGAAACAUCCAAGUGUCUUAAGAAUGUUUUACAAAGCUUAUGGAUUGCCAGUGCUAUUAGUUGGUUUAUCAUUCUCAAUUUGUGAAACAAUAAAUCGCUGUGCACAGCCUUUGUUUCUGGGAGCUCUACUUACAAAUUUUUUGGAAACAGACUCUUCAAAGAGUUCUGCUUAUUUCUAUGCAACCGGAAUCGUAUUAUCUUCAUUAAUCCCUGUUUUAACAUUCCAUCCAUUUAUUUACUACAUUUUUGAAGUAGGAAUGAAAUUAAAAAUCGGUGCAUCGAGACUUGCUUAUGAUAAGAUAUUAAGGAUGACGAAAUCUUCACAAGUUGAUGGACUUCAUGGACGUUUAAUAAAUUUAUUAUCAAAUGAUUUCUCAAAAUUUGAUCUUGCACUUUGCUUCAUUCAUGAUCUCUGGAAGGGACCCUUUGAGACAAUCCUUCUUGGCUAUUUAGCUUAUCGUGAAAUGGGAAUCUCAGGAAUUAUUGGAAUUAUUUAUAUCUUAUCAUUCGUUCCAAUUCAAUCUUACAUUGGAAAGAUGUCAGCGACAUUCCGUGACCGAACAACAAAACGUACUGACAUUCGAGUAAGACUAAUGAAUGAAAUUAUCAACGGAAUUCAAAUCAUAAAAUUCUAUGCUUGGGAGAAAAAUUUCGCGAAAAUCAUAGCAAAGUUAAGACUUAAAGAAUUGAAAGCUGUUCGUGGAAGUUCAUACAUUAUGGCGCUAUUGUACUCAUUGUGGAGUGUAUCGAGAGUUUCUCUUUUCCUAACACUCAUUAGCUACGUUUAUGCUGGCAAUGUGAUCACAGCCAGACAAGUUUUUGUCGUGACGGGCUUCUACAAUAUCUUAAACAUGUCAAUGGUUCAUUUCUGGCCUUUGGCAAUAACAUUUUGUGCUGAAGGUUACGUGUCAUCUAGACGUCUUAAAGAGUUUCUUCUUAUUAAAGAAACAAAGUUGAAUGUGAAAACGAAAGACGAUGGCGAUUCAAUCGAUAAAAUUAAGAAGGCAAAUCUGAUGAAAUCCGAUGAUUUUGUGUCAUUAAUUCCGUCAAAAAGAAUUCAAUACAAGGAGUCAAAUGUUAAAGGUGCUAUCAAGUUUGAUAAUGUUACAGCUGCUUGGGUGAAUGAAGAUGGCGAAGCGACAACUGGAUUGACAUCCAUAAAUCUUAGAAUAGAUUCAGGAAAUCUUUAUGCGAUCAUUGGUGCUGUUGGAUCAGGAAAAACUUCACUUCUUCAUGCCAUUUUAGGCGAACUUGAAUUAGACGCUGGUUUGCUUGAAAUUCAUGGGUCGUUGAGUUACGCCAAUCAAGAAUCAUUCAUUUUUGAAGGAAGUGUUCGUAGCAAUAUUUUAUUCACUGAAGAAUAUGACAGAGAUCGUUACAAUGCAGUUGUUUCGGGAUGUGGACUCGUGACAGAUUUUGAAUCGUUUGAAUAUGGCGAUGAGACUUUGGUUGGUGAACGUGGAAUAUCAUUGAGUGGAGGUCAAAAAGCGAGAGUGAAUUUAGCGAGAGCUGUCUACAAAAAAGCUGACAUUUAUCUCCUUGCCGAUCCACUGUCGGCUGUUGAUAGCCAUGUUGGUAAAAAUAUCUUCAAUGAUUGUAUCGUUAAAUUAUUGAAAGGAAAAACUGUUUUGUUGGUGACACAUCAAGUUCAACAUCUUAAUAAGAUGGAAAAUAUCUUAAUUAUUGAUAAUGGUCAGAUUACAGCUCAAGGAUCUUACGAGGAUUUAAAAUCAAUGGAUUUGGCACUUUUAGCUGCCAGUGAAAAUGUGCAUCAUGAAAAGAAAGGCAACGAGGAUAAAUCUGUCGAUGAAUUAACAAAAAUGUUGUUAGAUGAAAUCGAAACAAAGCCUGAAGAAGAAAAAGAACUUCAAGAGGGUGGAACUGUCAGUUUGAAUGUCUACAAAAAGUAUUUAAAAUCAAUUCAAAGUAUUGUACUUGUGAUAUUUGUUUUGGCACUUCGUGUAAUUAAUCAAGGAAUUGCAUCAUUUAUUGAUUAUUUUGUCGCCCAAUGGGUGAAUUGGGAAGAGUCGGUAGCAAGUGAUAGUAAAACAAAUCUUUCUAAUAACAAUAAUCUCACUGAGAUUCACAAUUUCACUUUAACUUUGGAUGAUGAAACGAGCUUAGUCGAUGAACAGAGACAAAAUUUCGUCAAUUAUUACAUCAUAAUUAUUGUAACUUUUGUUGUGACCAUUUUAAUGGCUGAGUUUUCAUUCUUUUAUGCUUUAUUAAGAGCAUCAAAGAAUCUUCACGACAUGAUGUUUCGAGGAUUGACGAAGACUUUUAUGCAAUUUUUCAAUCAAAAUCCUUCAGGAAGAAUAUUAAAUAGAUUUUCGAAAGAUAUUGGAAGCAUCGACACUCAACUUCCCAACACACUCUUCGAAUGUACUUGUUUCGUACUUGAAAUCAUCGCCAUUAUGAUUCUUGUUUCUAUCGUAAACGUUUAUUUCUUAAUUCCAACACUUUUUAUGGGAACUUUACUUUAUGGAAUACGACAUGUCUAUGUGAGUACAUCGCGUAAUGUUAAAAGAGUUGAAAGUAUUACGAGAUCACCAAUUUAUGCCCACACAAAUGCAACGUUACAUGGAUUAAGUACAAUCAAAGCGCUGAACGCUGAAGAAUCAGUGAGAGAAAAUUUUAACAAUCACUUGGAUCACAACACUUCAGCAUAUUUCAUGUUUUAUACGCUCACAAGAGGUUUUGCUUUCUGGGUAGAUCUUCUUACAGUUCUUUACAUUACUGUCAUUACUUACACAUUUGUUCAAAUGGAUGCAUCUCAAAUACCAGGCGGCAAUGUUGGUCUUGCAAUUACUCAAAUUAUCGGUUUGAUUGGAAUGACACAAUGGGGUAUAAGACAGACAAGCGAACUUGAAAAUCAAAUGGUGUCUGUUGAAAGAGUCCUUGAAUAUUCUGAGCUUCCGUCAGAAGAAGAAAGUGGAAAUGAUUUGAAGAAACAAGCGCCAGUUGGAUGGCCUUCAAAAGGAGAAAUAGAAUUCAAAGAUCUUUCAUUAUUCUAUAACAAUGAAGUUAAACCAGCAAUCAGAAACUUAAAUUUUGUAAUAAAGCCUAAAGAAAAAAUUGGAAUUGUCGGACGAACGGGUGCUGGCAAAAGUUCAAUAAUUCAAGCGCUUUUCCGUAUGACUAAAAUUGAGGGAAAAAUUGAUAUUGACAACAUCGACACGCAAAGUUUAACCCUUCACGAGCUGAGAAAAAAUAUUUCGAUAAUUCCACAAGAUCCAGUUCUAUUUUCUGGUUCACUACGAUCCAACUUGGAUCCAUUUGAUGAGAAUAAAGAUGAAGCUAUUUGGAGUGUUCUUAAUCAAGUCGAACUAAAAGAAACAAUUUCAUCUUUAGCUGGUGGAUUGGAAUGUAGAAUCUCAGAUGGUGGUUCCAAUUUCUCGUUAGGACAGAGGCAGUUGAUAUGCUUGGGUAGAGCCCUUCUUAGAAAGAACAAAAUAUUAGUUUUAGAUGAAGCGACAGCCAGUGUUGACUACAACACUGAUUCGUUGAUUCAGAAAACAAUAAACACAGAAUUUUCUGAAUGCACAGUCUUGACUAUUGCACAUAGACUGCAUACAGUUAUCAAUGCAGAUAAAAUCUUAGUAAUGGAUGGUGGAACAAUGGUUGAAUUCGAUCAUCCGCACGAGUUACUUAAAAAUGAAAAUGGUUUCUUUACAAAGCUUGUGAAGGAAACUUCUUCUCAACUUGCGGGUAUGGCGAAAGACAAUUAUGAUAAAAUGAAUUUGAAAACAGUUCCUAAUUUGUAAUAUUUUCUCACUUUUUAUAAAUAAAUAAUUGCUUUGCCUUCAUAUCAACA